AUGGGUGAGAAUAUGGGGAAGCAUUCCUGGAAAAUUCGGGGCCUGAGCGGGGGGCCUACCAGAAAUAUUGGCUUAAUGCUCUCGCAACCUAGCAGGCACAAGAUGGUGGACCUGCUCCCUGAUUUACCAUGCGGCUCCACCUCGGCCUUGGACAAUGAGGACCCAGACCUGGAAAACCUCCAGUCACAGGCCCCCAGCGGCAGAGCCACCUCCAAGAAGCAGCCUGACACACAGUGGGCUACAAAAACUGAUAUCAACACGAUGGUAACAGAAAUCAAAGCAUUCUGUGCCUCAGAAAUGGCAACCUUAAAAGCUGACCUAGGCACCCUAGCAGGCAGAAUCCAGGCUGCGGAGGAAAACAUUCAAAGCCUUGGACUUAAACAACAGUUCACUGAUACUCAUCUACCGGAAGUGUCAAACACCUGUGCAGCACUGAGUGCUAAGGUGGAACACCUUGAAGAUUUGGCACGCCAGCGUAACAAUCCGGGGUAUCCCUGA